CAAGCUCCCUUGGGUGACAUCAACCUCCAAAACACCUCCUCAAACGUCAACGACGGCAAUCAUCCCCGCCAUCACCACCACAGACCCGUGACUCCCCAUCGCCUUGCCUGCCUGCGCCCAUCCCUGUCCUACCGGCGACUCAGGCCGCUGGCGACUUCACUGCCGCCGGCCCCCGCGCUACACCGUCCAAGACUAGCCAGCCUUCUUCUGCGCCUCUUACCAUGUCUGCGACAUACGCUCUUGUCUCGCUCCCGCUUCAGGGCUUUGCAUCUAGCGACGAAGUCGAGGCCCUGUCAUCGCUACGUGCGACCGCUUCCGAUGCCACGCUCGUCCCAUAUCCCGUGCCCGCCUUUCGCAUCGGCACCCUCGACGCCCUCGUCCAGCAUGCCGACGACCUUGCAAAGCUCGACAGCGCUUGUCGUGCCAUGGUUCAGAAGUCAGCCGAUUCUCUGCGGUCCCUAUUCCCAGACAACCCAGACAAGGUCGCUCAACAGCAGACCGUGAAUGACAAGCCCACUGACCAGUACCUGCGCAACUUCUCGUGGAACAAAGUCCGUUAUCGUGCAGAGCGGCCCAUUGGCGAGUUGGUCGACGUAUUGCAAAAGGAGCUUGCCACCAUCGACAAUGAUGUCAAGUCCAAGUUCAACCAAUACAACUCGGUCAAAUCGAAUCUGACCAAUUUGCAAAGAAAGCAGAAUGGCAACCUCGCAACCAAAUCCCUCACCCCUGUGGUCAACCCCUCGAUACUUGUUCAGAACUCGGAAUACCUCGAGACACACCUGAUUGCCGUGCCAAACACCUUGAAAAAGGACUUCCUGAAGACUUACGAGUCUCUAGCGCCGAUGGUCGUACCUCGCUCGGCUUACGAGGUUGCUCAAGAUGACGAGUUCGUGUUGUUCGCUGUAACCACGUUCAAAAAGCACAGCUCUGAAUUUCAGCAAAAGUGUCGCGAAAAUAAAUGGACACCACGUCAGUACAAGCAUGUCCAAGGCGGCAAAGAGGAGGAACAAAAGGAACUGCAGAAGGUCUCUGAGGAAGAACGAAAGGUUUGGGGUGAGGCCCUGCGUCUGAGCCGGACAGGCUGGAGCGAGAGUGUCAUGAUCUGGGCGCACGUCAUGGCGUUGCGAGUUUUUGUAGAGAGUGUCCUCCGCUACGGCCUACCCGCCGAAUUCGUGUCAGCUAUGGUCCUGACCAACACUAAGCUUGUCAAGAAGGUCAAGACAGCACUCGACUCUGCUUUCUCUUAUCUUGGUGGUAACGCAUUCGGUCGCGAUAAGAAGGGUCGAAUCACUAAGGACGAUGCUGCACUUUCUUCAGACAUGGCGGCUGCCGGCCUGGGCGGUGGUGAGGGUUCCGAAUACACAGGAUAUGUGUAUUACGAGUUUGAACUGCCAUGAGACGAUGGUGUCUUUUGCAAGGACAGACGACAUAGCUCUUCAUUCUUUUUCUCACACAUAGACGAACCCUGGCCCGACCUGGCGAAUCAUCAGCAUAGCGUAUGUUGUGCAGGACAGCCUGCUUGGGUAGGAAUCCGAUUGAGUCUUUCUGCACGUUGUCGAUGGCGCACAGUACGACCUGCUGGAACAGAGCUUGUUCAGUGUCAAUCGUGGCCAAGAGUAAUGUGACGAGCUCGGCCCAACAGGAUAUAGUCCGAAACAUCAACGUUGGGUGCGGCGCAAUCUGAUGGCUCGCUAUUGUGAAGGAACAUAUUGAGCUGGUGGCGAUGGGACAAGAAAG